AAUUUUCAGAGAAGGACUCAGAAACUCGAAAUUCUCUGUCAAGGACUCGGAAACAUCGAAUUCUCAGGCAAGGACUUCCGAGCAAUUAUAAAUAGGAGCCCCAUCUGCGAACUUAACCACCACCACUACAAUUAUUAAUUUUCUUCCCUCAAAUACUUUUCUGUUCAUUGCUCUCUCUUGCAUUAUUCUUCUUAAAAUUAAGUUUUCAGCAGCUUUUUGAUUCAAGAUGGCUACUGCCGUUGCUAACCAGGCGCCUCACCAAUUUGGAAAAGAAGCUGAGGAAAAGAAGAUCAACGGUGGGUUUGUGGUGCCAGAAACCAACUCAUUCGGUGAAACCUUUAGGGACUACAAUGCUGAAGGAGAAAAGCAUGCGCGUGUUGAGAACUUCUACAAAAUCAAUCACAAGAACCAGACUUAUGAUUUUGUAAAGAAGAUGAGGGAAGAGUACAUCAAAAUGGACAAGAUGGAGAUGAGCAUAUGGGAAUGUUGUGAGCUUCUUAAUGAUGUUGUGGAUGAGAGUGACCUUGACUCGGAUUUGCCUCAAAUGGAACACUUGCUCCAAACUGCUGAAUCCAUUAGAAAGGACUAUCCCGAUGAGGAUUGGCUUCACUUGACUGGCCUUAUCCAUGAUCUUGGAAAGGUGCUUCUUCUUCCACAGUUUGGAGGGCUUCCUUAUUGGGCUGUUGUAGGGGACACAUACCCAGUUGGAUGUGCUUUUGAUGAGUCUAUUCUUCACCACAAGUAUUUCAAGGAAAACCCAGACUACCACAACCCUGCUUAUAACACCAAGUAUGGAGUCUACUCAGAGAAUUGUGGACUGGACAAUGUAUUGAUGUCAUGGGGACAUGAUGACUACAUGUAUUUGGUGGCCAGGGAGAACAAAACCACUCUACCUCCAGCUGCUCUUUUCAUUAUUAGAAACCACUCCUUCUAUCCAUUACACACCGGUGGAGCAUACAGGCACCUUAUGAAUGAGGAGGACCAUGAAAAUCUAAAGUGGCUCCAAAUCUUCAACAAAUAUGAGCUCUACAGCAAGGCUACUGAGCUGAUUGAUGUGGAAAAGGUCAAACCAUAUUAUCUCUCCCUCAUCGAAAAGGUAAUUAGCUCUAUCACCAGUCAAUUAUAUCUUAAAGAAUUAUAUUAGGCAAUUAAUCAUAUUAUUCACACCUUUUAUUAUUUUUCUUGCAGUACUUCCCAAACAAAAAGCUGAAAUGGUAAAAAAGUGAAGGGGCUCUUCCACUGCAGCGAUUAAUGAUAUGUGGCUUUGUUUGUAGAGUACAUAAGGACCUUUCGGUUCAUGCUUAGAAGGCUCCUUUGCCACAUAAGUCUUUCUAUGGACCCAAAAUAAAUCAUUUAUGUCACCUGAUUUGAUCGCUGUAUUAAUAUUGUAUUAUUGUAUUCUAUCCUAUCCUACCCCAUCCUAUGUGUUUUGUUCCAGUUUGGUAUUUGUGUUGUAUAAUAUGGUGUUGUUGUGACUUUUUCUUCUUAUUAUAUAUAAUAAUAAAAGCCUUGCCUUUCUUCUAAGGCCUGUGCUAUAAUAAUGGUGGUGGUUGCCGUAAA